AUGGGCGGGAAUAAGGAAACCAGCCUCCAGAUCGCGGCUGAUCAACAGUCUGGAGGCACACAGCUGGAAAUCGAUACCGCUGUUGAAAGAUCUUAUGUUCGUAAGAUGGACAGGAUGCUUCUUCCAUUCAUGAGCAUAAUGUAUUUCUUCAAUGCUGUCGAUCGGAGUAACCUCGGCAAUGCAGAGACUGAUGGAAUGAGUAAAGACUUGGGGUUCGUUGGCGAACAGUACUCACUGCUUAUUCUCCUCUUCUAUGUCCCGAAUGGUCUCUGUGAUCUGCCCCUGAACUUGUUGACGAAGCGCUUUUCGGGCCGAGUCAUGCUCCCAACACUUAUGGUGGGCUGGGGCGCAAUGGCCUUGGUACAAGCAGCAUGCAAGAACUUUGGUGGAAUGUUGGCUAUUCGACUUCUCUUGGGUGCAUUCGAGGCCGGAUUCUUCGCCGGUGCUAUUUUCUAUCUAACGCUAUUCUAUACGCGUGGCGAACUCGGCUUUCGAAUUGCAAUCUUCUUUGGCAGCGCUCUCCUGGCCAGUGCCUUCUCAGGACUCAUAUCCUUUGGAGUAUUUCAAAUCCACCACCCCAAGAUCACCGGAUGGAUGUGGUUGUUUCUUAUUGAAGGUGCCAUGACGGUUGUUUUUGGAAUCGUUGCCUACUGGUGGCUCCCAGCCACUCCACAGACAGCCUGGUUUCUAAACAAAGAACAGCGGGAAGUUGCCACUCUUCGAGCACUGCGAGACGGCUCCAGAGCUGUUGGCGAGAAGUUUAGCUUCCGAGAGUGCUUCCAAAACUGGUGGAACCUGAAAUUCCUAGUAUGGUGCAUCAUCAGCUUGACUUACCCCGUCGCCUUUGCUACGACUGCAAACUUUCUCCCUCUUGUAUUGAGACGUCUUGGUUACAGCGUUGUCGUCACGAAUAUAUUGACCGUUCCGCCCAAUGUGGUUGGCUUCUUGGUGUUGCUUGCUGUUACCUACAGCUCAGACCGAAAUCGCGAGCGGACAUACCAUAUUAUCGGAAGUUUGACUCUCAGCUUGAUUGGCCUCUUGAUUCUUGCAUUCGUUGACGCCGUCAAGAACGUCGGCGUUGCCUACUUUGCUUGCUUCAUGCUGGCUUCUGGUGCCUAUAUUCCCAGUUGCCUCGUCCACUCGUGGCACAAUAACAACAAUCCCAGUGAAAACUCGCGAGCAGCUACCACUGGAUUGCUGGUCGGCUUGGGAAAUAUAGGAGGUAUCUUGUCGGCCGGAACGUUCCGAACCACAUAUGCUCCUCAAUAUGCGCCGACCCUGAUUGCUACAGCCGCGUGCAAUGGCACCUGCAUUUUCUUCACGCUGGGUUUGGGAUUAUGGAUGCGACGAGAGAAUCGUCGACGCAACCGGGAACAAGGCGUUGAGCUACGUGCAGAAGACGUUGACACAAGUGAGAUCACUGAGGGAGAGAAUGAUGUCCGUUUCAGAUACUUCAUCUAG